AUGGCGCAGCCAGACAGUAAGAAAAUAUUCUUUGAGAACCUGUCGGGAUCCGGGAAAGCCAUCGCUGUACUGACAAGCGGAGGGGAUGCUCAAGGAAUGAAUGCCGCUGUACGCGCUGUGGUCCGGAUGGGUCUGUAUGUGGGAGCAAAGGUUUAUUUUAUACGAGAGGGGUACCAGGGUAUGGUGGAUGGUGGGGAGAACAUAAAGGAGGCCACAUGGGAAAGUGUGUCCAGCAUGCUACAAGUGGGUGGGACCGUGAUCGGCAGCGCCCGCUGCAAGGAGUUCCGCUCCCACGAGGGGCGGCUGAAGGCCGCUCACAACCUGGUGCAGCGUGGCAUCACCAACCUGUGCGUGAUUGGUGGAGACGGCAGCCUUACCGGAGCCAACCUCUUCAGGGAGGAGUGGAGCGGCCUGCUGGCGGAGCUCGUCGAGCAAGGACUGAUCGAGGCCGAUGCGGUCCAGAAGUACUCGGCCCUUCACAUCGUGGGGAUGGUGGGCUCCAUCGACAACGACUUCUGCGGAACCGACAUGACCAUCGGCACCGACUCCGCCUUACACAGAAUCAUCGAGGUGGUGGACGCCAUCAUGACCACGGCACAGAGCCACCAGAGGACGUUUGUGCUGGAAGUCAUGGGCAGACACUGUGGCUACCUGGCUUUGGUGAGCGCGCUGGCUUGCGGAGCAGAUUGGGUUUUGAUCCCCGAAAUGCCUCCAGAGGAUGGAUGGGAGGACAAGAUGUGUCAGAAACUGUCAGCGACCCGUUCCAGGGGCACAAGGCUGAACAUAAUCAUAGUUGCAGAGGGAGCCAUUGACAGGCAUGGGAAACCAAUAACCUCUAGUUUUGUCAAAGAUAACCGUGCGGGGAUGAAAAGGCUGAAUAUCAUAAUUGUAGCCGAGGGGGCGAUUGAUCGUAACAACAAAGCCAUUACCACUGACUAUGUAAAGAAUCUUGUUGUCAAAUGCCUGGGUUUCGACACACGAGUUACAAUCUUGGGGCACGUGCAGAGAGGAGGGACCCCAUCAGCCUUUGACCGCAUCUUGGCUAGCCGCAUGGGCGUGGAGGCUGUUCUGGCCCUUCUGGAGACCACGGCCAACACGCCGGCCUGUGUGGUCUCACUGUGCGGCAACCAGUCGGUGCGCCUGCCUCUGAUGGAGUGCGUACAGAUGACGCAAGAAGUCCAGAAGGCCAUGGACCACAAGCGGUUCGAGGAGGCGGUGAAGCUUCGGGGCAGGAGCUUCGAAAACAACCUGAGGACGUACAAACUGCUGGCGCAUCGCAAACCAGAAUCCGAACUGCCGACGAGCAACUUCAACGUGGCGGUGCUGAAUGUCGGCGCCCCCGCAGCGGGCAUGAACGCAGCUGUCCGCUCAGCCGUCAGGGUGGGCAUCUCCGAGGGGCACAAAAUGUUCGCCGUCAACGAUGGAUUUGAAGGAUUCUACAAAGGACAGAUAAAAGAAAUCAAAUGGGGGGACGUUGGAGGAUGGACAGGACAGGGUGGCUCCCUGUUGGGAACUAAAAGAACGCUUCCUGCUAAGCAUGUUGACAAAAUUGCUGAGCAGAUGCGAAAGCACAAUAUAAAUGCACUUCUGGUUAUUGGUGGAUUUGAGUGGUACCUGUCUGUUUCGCUGCUGUCCGUUGUGAUAGACCCGGCUCCUCCCCUUGGCAUUCUCCACUUAUGCCUUUCCCCCCCCUUCUUGUGGCAAGUAGCACCUCACGACCAAGCCAAACCUGCCAAAGCUUCCACCCUUGCAGACGCUACUAAAGCCCUUGGCUCUGCCCUGCAGGCCUUCCUGUCACUGCUGGAAUUGUUAACGGCUCGUGGGAAAUAUGACGAGUUCUGUGUGCCCAUGGUCAUGGUUCCAGCCACUGUCUCCAACAAUGUGCCUGGCACAGACCUCAGCAUUGGCGCCGACACGGCUCUGAACGCCAUCACUACUACCUGCGACCGCAUCAAGCAGUCGGCCAGCGGGACCAAGCGGCGCGUGUUCAUCAUCGAGACCAUGGGCGGCUACUGCGGGUACCUGGCCACCGUGGGAGGCCUGGCGGCGGGGGCCGACGCCGCGUACAUCUACGAGGAGCCAUUCGACAUCAGAGACCUGCAGGCUAACGUGGAACAUCUGACGGAGAAAAUGAAGACCAGCAUUCAAAGAGGACUGGUCCUGAGGAACGAGAACAGCAACGAGAACUACACCACAGACUUCAUAUACCAGCUGUACACGGAAGAAGGGAAGGGCGUGUUUGACUGCAGGAAGAAUGUCCUGGGACACAUGCAGCAGGGCGGAGCGCCGUCCCCGUUCGACCGCAACUUCGGGACCAAGAUCUCAGCCAAGGCCAUGCAGUGGCUCUCCCAGAGGCUGGAGGAGACCUUCCGACGAGGCCGAGUGUUUGCCAACACGGAGGACACCUGCUGCCUGCUGGGGAUGCGGGCCAGGGCCCUGGUCUUCCAGCCAGUCGUGCAGCUCAGGGAGGACACCGACUUUGUUCACAGGAUCCCCAAAGAGCAGUGGUGGCUGAAGCUGCGCCCCCUGAUGAAGAUCCUGGCCAAGUACAAGACCAGCUACGACGUGUCCGACUCGGGCCAGAUGGAGCACGUCAUCCACACCCGGCCCAAAGAGUCGGACGCCUCGGUGGCCAUGUGA